AUGCUGUCCCUGCUCUGCCACUGCGUCCUGCUCCUCCUCGCUCAGCAGGGACUCAGCAACGCUCAAAACAAUGCUCAGCUUCCUGCUCGUCGCGAUGGACGAACCGCCGCAGAUCGACGUCAGUUCUGCCAGUGGCCAUGCAAAUGCCCCAAAAACAGACCCCAGUGUGCUCCAGGGGUCAGCGCAGUACUGGACGGGUGCGGCUGUUGCAAGAGUUGCGCCCGCCAAGUAGGGGAACCGUGCAACGAGCGUGACAUCUGCGACCCCCACAAGGGAAUGUACUGCGACUUCUCAGCCGACAAACCCAGAUUCGAGGUCGGGGUCUGCGCCUACCUGAUGGCGGUGGGCUGUGACCUGAACGGGAUCCACUACGAGAACGGAGAGGCAUUCCAGCCCAGUCCACUCUACAAGUGCACCUGCAUCGGUGGUGCCAUCGGCUGCACCCCAGCUUUCAUCCAGAAACCCGCCGGUCUGUCAGCGCCAGCUCCCGCGGGCCUGAUGGGCAGCAGACCCACCCAGAAGAAGCACCAGCAGGACACCACCUACAUGUCAGCCUGGAAGAAGAACUGUCUGGUCCAGACCACCCCCUGGAGCCCCUGCUCCAAGACCUGCGGACUGGGAAUCUCUGUGCGCGUCAACAACGACAACAGCAAGUGUGAGAUGAGGAAGGACAGACGCCUGUGUCUACUCCGGCCGUGUUCAAAGAGCAUCAUCAAAAGCAUCAAGAUGCCGAAGGGAAAAACCUGUCGACCCAAGUUCCAGGCGAAGAAAGCGGAGAAGCUGACGCUCUCAGGAUGCACCAGCACCAAGAAGUUCAAGCCCACCUACUGUGGCGUUUGCACUGACAAGCGCUGUUGUGUCCCCAACAAGUCCCGGAUGAUCAAGGUGGACUUCACGUGCAAAGGUGGGAGCAGCACCCAGUGGAAGAUGCAGUGGGUCACAUCUUGUGUGUGCCAAAGGAAGUGCAGCGACCCAGGUGACAUGUUCUCUGAGCUGCAGCUGCUCUGAGCCAGAGACUCUAUACACAGCUGCUAAAGAGGCCGACUGUCGCCCCUGAACCUCCACACUAAGCAGGGCCAGGAAGCCUCAGACACCUAACAGCAGAUGAGACCUUAUUAAAGUCAGUCUGAAACUUCAGGUUUUUUACCAUUUUACAUAAUAAACACAUUUUGUGACUCUGAAAUCAAGAGUCAAUAUCACUUUAGAGUCAAACAGACAGGUAGUGACUUUUAUUUUACCUACAGUUCUUCAUUGACUUCCAGUGUCAUUCAUUGGACAUAAAACCAACUUUUUUUAUUUUUCAAAUCCAGCCCAGUCAUUUUAUUUCGACACUUAAACCAUCACACGCAUUUUUUACAAAGAAAAAUGAUUUCCGGAUCAAGAACAUUAUAAUAUUGUCUUUAUUUUUGUAUCACCUUCUUGUCUUCUUCUGCAAUACAUAAUGCAUGUACUGUAUGCCGUCACUUAUUUAUCUCUUUUGCAACCCUCAAAACUGCUCGGAAAUUGCUUGGAUUAAUAAUUCCUAUGACAAAAAUGCAACACACGCAUGAGUUAUUAUUAUUUGUUUUUCUUUUUUUUUUUUUUUUUUUUUUUCAUAUGACUGUAUUUAUUUGUAACAUUUC